AGGUGCUGAUGACAUGUGAUGAUGCAGGCGCGAGCUGGAAUCAGGGAAGUGCACUUCCUCCCCUUCAACCCAGUCGACAAGAGGACGGCCUUGACCUACAUUGAUGCCAACGGCAACUGGCAUCGUGUCAGCAAAGGUGCCCCCGAACAGAUUAUGAGCCUCUGCAACUGCAGGGAAGACGUGAGAAAGAAGGCUCACAGUGUGAUCGACAAGUUCGCCGAACGCGGGCUUCGCUCGCUAGCCGUUGCAAGGCAGGAAGUCCCCGAGAAGAGCAAGGAGAGCCCGGGAGGCCCCUGGGAGUUUGUUCUGCAAAACAUUUCCAAAACCCCAAGUCUUCCUAUUUAA